CCCGGCCCCCAGCAGCCGGGGUGGGACGGGGUGGCCCUCCGGUGCUGGCAGCGGUGGUGGGCGAUGAUCGUAGUCUCCAUCCCUGCGGCGGAGCCAGAGGUGACAGCACGCAGCCCUGAGAAGGCACACACGGUGUUCCUGGUGGAGGUGCUGUGCAAUGGCCGGCGGCACACGGUGGCGAAGCGCUACAGCGAGUUCCAGGCGCUGCACAAGCGGAUCAAGAAGAGCUGCAAGGUGCCCGACUUCCCCCCACGGCGUGUCCCCAACUGGGUGCCCAAAGUGCUGGAGCAGCGCCGGCAGGGCCUGGAGCUCUACAUCCAGGGCGUCCUGUGCCACAAUGAGGAGCUACCCCAGGAUGUGCUGGACUUCCUGAAAGUGCGACGCUGCCAGCAGGAUGGUCGGGAGCAGAGCAGGGGCCGCUGUGUGCUGACAUCACUCUCCUGCCCUAGUGUCAGCCACCCGCCCUCCCAGCAGCCUGUCCUUGGCUUCCACAGCGACCCCUACACACGGCCACCAGCAAUGGACGCACUUCCCAACGCCGUGCUGAGCGGGGUGCUGCAGGGCCUCUACGCCCCAUGGCACUGCCCCUCCUGCACAGCUGUGCCCCGGGGGCAGCUGGACUCCUGAGCACCCCCCACCACCUACAGCAGUGGUGUCACACCAAGGAUCCUGACUGUAAAACCUUCCACGGGAGGUGGGCAAAGCCCUGCUGGGAGUUGCAGCGGCAUUCUCCAAUACCACGUGCCUUGGUUUGGAAAGCCAAUGGAGUUGCUGUAGGAGUCCCUGGAGGCUGAACCCUCACUGGAAAAACCCCUCAGUGUUUGGGCUUUGGAGCAAUAAACCACUGUGGCUGUGCUGCCUGAA